AAUCCCAGGAAUGACAUGCACUCACUCUCCCAAAUGGUUAUGGAUGUUGGGAACAGUGGGAAUUCUCCAGCGAUUAGUUGAGUUUGUGAGGCAAGAGUGGCCAAAGGGAAAUGGAGGUUUAGUGCCAGAUAGGAUUGCGGGGCACGCCAGCCAAUUGCAUGACCCAACAGACAAGAGGAGCUGAAUGACCUCUUUUCUUUUCACUCAAUUCUUACCAUCUGAUCCCAGGCAAUCCGCAGACUUGUUCCAGCUCCUCCUCCAUCUUAUUGCACCAGUACUUCAACAGCAGCCUGCAGAUGUUACCUCCGGGCUCUCCCUGUAGGAGAAUGCAGGGAUAUUGUGAUAUGUUUCACGUGUGUCGUCUGGUCAAUGAUGACGGGCCCAUCGCCAAACUCGGAAAAGCCAUCUUCAAGCCGAAAGACUUUGAAGGCAUUUCAGACUGGAUGAAGGCUUAUUGGUGGGCCAUUCUGUUAGCAAUUCUCACCCUUGUAGCGUUAAUGUCAAGCACGGUGUUUAUAUUUGGCAAGACGCUGGAUGGCAUGCCAGCUCAGCCAGAACAAGAAGACAAUUCCUAAAGUGUUGCAGGCAAAGUUCAGGGGUGCAGCUUCCAAAACCAGCUGGAGUCAGUGAGACUGCACUGUCACCCUGCCUCCUCAAACACACUGUCCCCUUUGAGAGGGCAUUGAUCUCACAGUGAACCCCGUGAACAAGGAGAGUAUCUCCCAUGGCUGAUAUCGAACAACUUACACAGCUCUACCUUCCCUACCUGUCGCUGGUUUCAUUCAUAAAAUUAAAGAUCAGCUUAAUUUUAAAUGUAACUGGAAAUUAUCCUGCGUUCUUUCUUCAUUAAACAAUAUCU